AUGGAAAAAACAGAGGAAGGGGAUAAAAUAAUCACAUUUUAAAAGACUAAAGCUAUUGAAAAAGCUGAAAAACUAAAAAUUAAGAAAGAAAAGAAGAUGAAUAAGAAAGAUUAAUGCAAAUAUUAUAUGACUAUGAAGAACAGAAUGUGCGGGUAGCCAUUAUUCAAAGAAAGCUAAUAAUUCUGCAGAUUUCAUUUCGUUGAGGAAGAAAGCAAGGAUGAGAAAGUAGCAUGUCCAUACGAGCCAAAGUACUUUAUACCUAAAUCUAAAUUAGAGGAACAUCUUAAAAGAUGCCCAAAGAUUAUUCAUCAGGCUUAAUGCGAGGAUAAGCCUUGGUUUAAUAAGUUUGUAAACAUUAUGAAUAAGAAGUACAUAAGAAGUGACAUACCAGCCUAGUAAGAAAAUGACUAAGAUUCUGAUAUGCUUUAAGAGUAAGAGCCUACUUUGCAAAAGUUUAGCUUAAAAGACAUUGAAUUUGAUUUGAAGGACUAAAUUAUUGAGAAAAUUGAAAGAGUUUAUAAGUAAUUGAAAGAGUAGAACAAAGACAACUAAAGUUAUGACUUAAUGGUUAAUCAUAAACUAAUUUAAGAAGCAGGAAAAUAAACUGAGGAAUUUUUAUAUCUUGAAUAUGGGGCUGGUAGAGCUGGACUAUCUUCUUAUGUAGGCAAAAAGCUGAAAGACCUUAAAAACUUCGAUAAAAAUUGCUUCCUUAUUGUUGACAGAGAUACCAGAAGAUUUAAGCUUGAUAAAGAAAUAAAGGACGAAUUUAGAUGCUAUAGAGAGAAAAUGGAUAUUGCUCAUUUUGAUCUUAAAAUUUUUUCAAACAAACACACAGCUAGUGAGGCUUAAGUGGAAUAAAAGCAAUUUAAUUUGAAAUAAGAAACGAAAAUUAUAUCUAUUGCUAAGCAUCUAUGUGGGGGAGCAACAGAUUUAGCGCUAACAAGUUUACAGCUUUAACCCUCUGAUAAUCUUAGAGGAAUAAGCAUUGCUACAUGUUGCCAUCAUUGUUGUGAUAAUGCAACUUAUGUAAAUCCAAAGUUUAUUUAGGAAAUCGGCUUUGAAGACAGAGAAUUUUAAAUUUUGCCAAGGAUCACUAGUUGGGGAGUUAGUUAAAGAGUCAAAUUCAGAAAGAAGAGAGUUGGCUUAAAAGUAAAAAGAAUACUUGAGUAUGGAAGACUUUCUGAUUUUAACUCUGUCAAGAUCUCUGAUAGUAUUAAGAAGCGUUCUAAAUCUCCAAUUGAGCCUGAAAAACCUAAUUACAUGAAAGCUUUUCUUACUUAAUUGUAAUAAGAUCCAGAGACCUAUUAACUCUUUAUUGAAGAGGCAAAAUAAGAGAAAGAAGUCACAAGAAAAGAGAGAGUCAAUAUGCAUAUGGAAAGAUUACUGGAACCAGCAGAGAAGCAGUUGUAUAAUUUCGAAGCCCCUAAGUAAGAAGAAUUCCCAUUAGCUUUCGCAACACAUUAAAUCACCAAUUAGAAAAAGAAGUCAGUUGAUUAAGCCCAUAAAAAUUUCAAUCUCAAUGAUUUCUUAAGAAGACAAUUCGCUGAAAGUAGACCCAGAAGAAUAAGAUAGGAUGCAUCCAUGGAAAUGAUUUAAGGCUAGGGUUAAUCUAGAAAUUAAUACAAUAUAAAGCAUCCUGGUGGGAAUCAGGGCUACCUACCUUUAAUGCCUUUGACAGCAGCUAAUGUUUAAAAAUUUGAAACACUUAACAAGGAUUAUGCUGGCCCUGUAGAUCUCGGUUUUAAGAUUGACAAAGAAUAGUCAUUAUAUAAAUCAAAUUAGCCUCAAUCCAUCAAAGAAAAAACAGCUUUGGUUGAGCAAUCAGUAAGGAAUGUUGCUAAAAGUAUUAGACCUUUAUCAACUAAAAAGGUUAAAACAAUAAGAAAAAGUGAUAAAAAUCGGAAAAAUAAAAAUGAUGGCAAAGAUGAAAACCUACUCUUGUCGAGAAGAAAAAACUAAAAUGAUGAAUUUGAGAUUAAGAUUGAUAGAGAAGAUGAAAGACUUAUAAAUCAUUUUUGCGCAAUGUGCCAGGAAAAGAAUCUUAAGAAAGCCAAACUAACCAGGGGGAAGUUCAAAGCAUUCCUAUCUAUUUACUACAAGGGAGCAAUGACUGAUAAGAUUAUAAACUACUUUGAUCCAUUCUUCCGAGAUCCAAUGGAUUUCUACUUCUUCUGUGAUGUGUUUGAAAGACUUAUGAAUCCUUAAAAUGCAGAUAAAAUUAAGAAAAUGGUGCAUUAAAUAUAUGACUUCAAUGAUGAUAAGUUCAUUGAUGAACUGGAUGUCUAUUGCUUUAUGAAUGCUUUUGAGCAUGAUAAUCCUGAAAUAUUUAUGAGAGUCUACAUGGAAGAUGUCAUUAAGAUUAUCUAGGGCAUUGAAAAUAAGAAGAAACUAAAAGGGUUCUAGAAUAGAGAUAUGGAUCUGAAGUUGUAGUAGAUCAAUCAGAAAGUGAAGAUGGCUGAGAAAUUAGCAAAGAAGGAUUUAGGUGAUAUUUUGAAAAAGAAUUUAUUAAAAAGCGGCGAUAGAAGUCAUGAAAACUAAUCACUGAAUAGAGAUGAAUCAGCAACAGAAAACGAGGAUGAGGAUGAAGAAUCAGAGGAAGACUCUCUAAUUUAAGAGCUAUAGGGAGAAAAGGAAAAAGCUCUAAAGAAGUCUAAAACUAGGAGAGGGGGAGAAAAUGGUUCGUAAGGCUCUAAUAAAACAUUUAGAACUACCAGAACUACUAAGACUACAAAAACUUUAAAAUCUAACAAGCCAAAAUCAGAGGGUUCUGUAAGAUCAAAUAAAACUACUCGCACUGUUAAAUCAUUGAAAUCAAAGAUGAGUCGUAAAAAUACUUAAAAGAGUUCUAGGAGUAAAAGAUCUAAUAAGUCAGGGAAUUAAUCAGUAGGUGACGAAUCAGACAAUGAUAAUCCUCACUACAAGAUCAUAGGCAAAUAGUUUGUUAUUGGAAUGAAAAAGAACAAAACUUAUAUAGAGAAAUUAACCUUUGGCGAUUUUAAGAUGAUUUAGUUCAAACAUGGAAAUUUACCAAAAUUUGCCUUGGAUUUCUUUAAGUAUGUAUCUUUAUUUGACAUUGAGGCAUACUAUAAUAAUAAAAUCGAAGCCUAAAAUGAAAAACCCAAACCAUUACCUAACGGAGUAUAAGUGAUUUCCAAAAAAGACGAAUUUGAAAAUCAGAUCAUAGAGGGAAUAGACAUGUGGAAAAAUAGACUAGAUGAAAAACAAUUCUCUAAGAUAUUCCGAGGAUUCUAAUGCUUAUGUAAGAAAAAUAACGAUGAGGAAAAUCCCAAAGAUGAGCAAGUCAAGGAACAUCAAUUUUUCUUGACAGAAUAAAGUAUGUAGAGAAAUUUUCACAAAUUAUUUGGCUAUAAGAAUGACUUCCUAGCAUCUAGAAUCUACCUAAUAAUGUCAGGCAACAUCAAAGACAAGAGGAUAUACUUUCCUUAAUAUAUAAAGACAUUAAAUCCACUAAUAAACGGAAUUGAAUACCUUAAGUAGAGGUUUAUAUUCUACAUCUAUGAUCUAGAUUGUGAUAGCAUUAUUGGAGGGACAGAUCUUGUUUAAAUUUACGAAAGUAUAAUUCCAUCAUCAAUCAUAGGAUCUGAAAUAGGAAUAUUAGUUAAGCAUUAUGUAAAUACCAGAUUAAGAGCUAGAUUUAAGAGAGAUGCUGAUGUUAUAGGCCUUAUCAACUUCAAUUUCUUGAUCAUGAGAUCAUGUUUAAUAGAUGAACUUAAGACUAGACUAGUAUCAAAGCCUGGUAAGGAAUGGAAUUUUAGUGUGUUUUAACCCAGAAAUAUAAAUACAGGUAAUGACCAAAACGAACUUAAGAAAUUGAUAUAUGGUAACUUGAGGAUGUUCAAGCCUAUUAGGCAUGUGCAAUGGGUUGGAUUACCUCCAAUUGAAGAAGAUGAAAUUAGAGCUGCUUAAAGGAAAAUGAUGAAAGAUGCUCCUAAAGGUGUCGAAUAGUUAAAUGACCCUGGAGAUUAAGAGACGCUUGAAGAAGAAUAGCAGUAACAGGAUGCUUAGUUUAAACGUCAAGACUCAUUGAAGAAAAGUGGUAAGAGUGGUACUGAUGGUAAAUAAUCCUUGGAUAAAAGUGGUAAGCCUAGCCUUAAUAAGAAUAGCCCAGAAAAAACAUCAGCCUUAAAGCUGAUUAAGACUAAGCUUUCAAAUAACCCUAUGACUUCUCAAUCAUCAACAGCUAAAAGAAAUAGCAACAGAGAUAAACUUCCUACUAUUGAUUAGAAAGGGUUCCAAUCAACACAGAAAAUUCAACAUAAUCAAUCCCUUUCCUAACAAAAGCCUUUAUCGAGAUCAAACUCUAAAUCUCCUCUGAGGAAAUUAUGA